AUGACAUACGUCCGGCGACGCCCCGGCCUAACGGCCGACCAACGACGUCCCGCGACAACUCGUGACAUUCUCUGGCUCACCAUUAACAAUACGACGAUAGUCAACUGCUACCGACAGCCUGACUUCGAUGCGGCUCUUGACAUACUCCUAGCCUGGAGCCCGCCGAGCAGGUGUUUGGUCGCGGGAGACUUCAACGCUAAACACUACAGCUGGCAGACCGGUCGUCUCGAUGGCCGGGGCGACGACAUCGCUCACUGGGCAGCUGAGAAUCGCCUCAGCUUGCUCAAUCCGACCGACGUGCCCACAAACCCGCAUGGGAAUACCAUAGACCUUGCCUUCUCGAGUGUACCACUGUCCGAGGCAGUCGUGGAGGACCAUCUGGCCACUAGUUCCGACCACUUCACGCUCAGCAUAGCGCUUCCGGAGGUGGGCGUAGCGCCAAUAUUACCUGGAAAAGUCCGCGUCACGACGGAAGACGAGAUCAAGCGGUUCGUAGAUCUCGUCCAGUAUGGGUCAGUGGACAUUCCAGCCCCGACGACAACUACCCACGACCUUGAUGCUCUUGCAUCCGCCCUGGUGCGCCUCCUCCAAGCGGCGGCGAAGGUCGCCGGUCGCCCCGUUCGAAAGCAAGGACGCAGCGCCCCAUGGUGGACCGAGGAAUGCCGCCUCGCCGCAGCGGAAUACCGCGCGAUCAGAAGAGUCUAUCCCCUUGGAUUUUGUCGAGACGUUCAGCUGGCCAAGAAGGACUUCCAGAAGGUUGUCCGCCAAGCUAAACGGCUAUACUGGCGCAACCUCAUCGACAGCUUCAACGACAGUGCGUCUGUGUUCAAAGCCGUCCGAUGGUUGAAGUCACCAGGUGCCUUCCAACCACCACCCCUCGAGGCGGAUGGCGUGGUACACGAAACACAGCUCGACAAGGCCAAUGCCCUCCGACGAGCCACGCUGGAAAGACGAACGGCGGAAGACGACAUACCCGACCCGUGGGUCCCAGUCACCGCGGCAAGACCGAUACCUUUCGCUCAAGAUGUAUCACUAGCCGAGGUGCAGGACGCGACCAUCCGCACGGGAAACACAUCCCCCGGCUCUGACAACAUCACUGUCAAGAUGCUCAAAGCGGCCUGGCAUAUCAUCGGCGAACAUGCAAGGGUCUUGAGAGGCUCAUCGCACGUCGCCUAG